AUGAACCAUGAAUGCUUUGCGGCGAUGUUUGCUCUCAUGCAAGAAAUCGAUGAUCGACCGCGCAUAUCCAAGACACCAACCAGCAUUGAGGACGGAGUACCAGAAGGUACAGAUGAACCAUUUCUACCACAUCCGAAUCAAAGCUCCCUUGAGACCUCACAAAUCAUGCUCCAUCAUGCCCUUUCCCGGAAUGUCGCCGCUGAUGCGAAAAUGUCACGGAAUAUUUUGAAUCAGUCCAAUCAGCAUUUUUAUCACCUUUCUGUCGUGGACGAGACUAGGGACGCCGGUCCGCCUUGCGUCGCUUGUUUCAAGAAAUCGAAUGCGCUGCACGGUUCCCACUUCUCACCGAUGGACCCCUGGACGCGCCGUCGAGAUUUGAACUUCUUCGACUACGAUAUUGACCGAAGAGAACGCUAUCGCUUUAACGGAAGGAGAUACACGAGGGCGGUUGUGACGAUGGGCGUGAUAUGCCAGGAGUCCAAUCGUUCCGCAGCCGAAGAAGCACUGGAGGUUGAGGACGCGAGCCAGUGA